CCGCCGCCAGUGCUCGCCCUGCCGCGGGGCGGGGAGCAGCCCCUCGCCCUCGGCCCGGCGCGGCGGGGCCGGCGCCUCCCCGCCAUGCAGCAGGAAGCGGCCAGCUGCCGCAUGAGCGGCGCGGCCGCGGAGCCCGGCGCCCCGGGGGCGAUCACGCUGGAGGAGCUGGACAGCAUGGCCGAGGAGCAGAGCCCCGACGCGGCUUAUCACAGCAGCAGCUGCAACCCGGCGGAGGAGGAGGCGGCGGCGGCGGCCGAGCAGGAGCGCCUGCUCAGCUACUGGCAGAGCGUGGGCAGGGGGCACCAGGUGGACGUGCCCAGGGACAUGGCAGAGCCAAUUCAGCAACUGACCAGAAAUAAUCAACAUCAGGAGAGGGAAAGUAUCCCAUUUACACUGGUACACCGCAAAGAAAAGUUUGGGGAAGUGCUUUACGAAAAACGUCAGUAUGGAAAAGCUAAAUGGGCUUGUAUUAAAAUGCAAGAAGAACAGUAUGAACAGAGCAUAUGUCUGGGAUUCAUGAAGCUUAUGAAAUAUAUUUGUGAGCAGAACUCUUCAGGAUUGUACUUGGGGAUGACUAUACCCAUUGUGACUCUAGUGCAUACUAAUGAAUCUCACUCAGAGAUCACACGUUCAGUGACAGUCGCAUACUACCUGCCUGAACUACUGCAGGAGCAGCCACCUCAGCCUUAUGAUUCUGACAUAAUUAUUGAAGAGUGGCCUCCUACUGUUGUUUAUACUAGGAGCUUCAGAGGGGUCACCAAUGAAGACUCUAUAAUGAGAGAAAUAAACUUCUUGGCAGAACUUCUGGAGAGCCCUGAGCUAUGUUUGCAGAAUAUAUUCAUUGUUGCAGGAUACACCAAUCCAGCUGCUGCAAAUCGACACAAUGAAAUAUGGUUCCUGCAAAGACCAUAGCCUCCCAUUUCUGAUGCCUAGCAUUAUCCAAAUUCAGUUUGUACACAAUGGCACGCUUAAACUUGCAAGUGAAUCAUGUCAGCCUAGUUGACAGCUUUAUAAGUCUUUGUGAUAAACUAUACACAAUUUUUAAUCCUAUUUUCCUAAACUACAUAUCACAGUCUAUCAAAUUAGCACGACAAUCAAUCCAAUUUAGUUAUUGAGCCAUCAGGGUUAACAUCUGAAAUUUUACUGCCAAUUCGGAAAAAGUCUUAUACACAAUUUCUCAUUAGUUACUUCAGUUUUUACAGUUUAUCCAUAAUAUUUCUGAGAUUUAUAGUACUUUGCAAAUUGAUUCAUGUAAUCUUUGUAAACAAGAUAAAUUCAAGUCACAAAGGUAUAGAUCAUAAGUUCUAGUGUUAAAAAACUAAACUUUUUAGAUUUUUCAAAUAUUAACAUAUUAAAUAUUUUUCCACUACAGCAUCUCUAGGGUGCCCAAAACAUUUAGCAGGAGAUUUUCAAAAGUGCUCAGUGUUGGCCCAACUCUGUUCCCAGGGAAGACAAUAAUAAAAGUUAGGAGCAGAGUUUGGUCAAUGCUGAGCGCUUUUGAAAAAUCCCACCCUCGAGUACAGGUUUUCCCCACUCUUCUCAAAAACUGAGUUAACCAAAGUAUUUGUCACCUUUGAAAUACAGAGUCCAGGAUGCGAAGAGUCAGUUACAUUAUUCAUUCAAGUUUUGUAAGUAAAUAGUUCAAUUUUUCCAUUUUUUAAAACUCACUACCACACACCCAUAUAUGACUAAAUACACUACUCAGCAGACAGAAGAUAGACAUCAUUCCGGCUCAGCUGUUCAACUUACUGAGUGACAUGAACUUUAAAGAGAGCUUUGCCUAGAUAUUCAGAAUAUAGUAAUCAAGGCAGAUUAAUUGGCAUCACAGAAACUUGAAGGGAUAAAUCUCCUGACUGAAAUAUUGAUAUAUAGGGGUACAGCUUGUUCAGGAAGGACAGGAAGGGCAAAACAUGAGGAGGUCCAUAAGGGUGUGGGAGGCAGACUAGUUGAAAGUUUCUGAGUAAAGAUAAAAGGGAGAGAAAAUUGUGUGACAUCAUAGUAGGAGUCAAAUAUAGACCACCAGGAAGAAGAAGUGGAUGAGGAAUCUCUAGAACAUACAACAGAAAUAUCAAACACAAGACCCGAUAGUAACAGGGGAAUAACUAUGUAGACAUCUGUUGGAAAAGUAAUAUGGCAAAGCACAAGUUCUUGGAAUGUACUGGGAACAACUUGGUGUUUCAGAAAGUGGAGGAAGUAACUGGGGGACAGCCAUUUUAGAUCUGAAUCCAAUCAAUGGGGAGGAAUUGGUAAGGGAUCUGAGGGUCGAAGGCAAUUUGGUAUAAACUGAUCAAGAAAUGACAGAUUCUAAGGAAAGAAAGGAGGAAGAGCAGCAGAACAAGGACAUUGCACUUCAAACAAGUAGACUGACAAACCCAGAACUGAUAGAUUUUUCUUCCCAUGGAACUUUAUCUAAGUGACAGAGGAGUUUAGGAAAUCUGACAGUUUCUCAAGGAGACAAUAUUAUAGGCAGAACAGCCAUCUAUUCCCAAGUGAAGGAAAGACUGGAAGAAUAGUGAGAGGCAAAUAUGGCUCCAUCAGGAGCUCUUUAAGGACAUGAACAUCAAAAAGGAAUCCUACAAAAAGUGGAAACAUGGACAAACUGGUAGGGAGCAGUACAAAAAGAACAACACAGGCAUGUAGGGACAAAAUCAGAAAGGCUAAGGCACAAAGUCAGUUACACUGAGCAAGGGAUAUAAAAGGCAAUAAGAUGAUGUUCUUUAGAUAUAUUAGAAGCAAGAGAAAGAUGAAGGAAAGCAUAGGUUAGCUACUUAGCAGGGAAAGAAAGCUAAUAACUGAUGACAUCACCAAGGCUGAUGUGUUUAAUUCCUGUUUUGCUUUAGUAUUCGUUAAAUACUCAACAAAAUUAAUAUUGACAACAAGAGGGAAGGAACACAAGCCAAAACAAGAAAAGAACAGGUUAAAGAAUAUUUAUCUAAUUAGAUGUAUUCCAGUUGGCAGGGCCUGACGAAAUUCAUCCUGGAGUACUUAAACUAGCUGAAGCAAUCUUUGCGCAACUUGCAGUUUUCUUUGAGAUCUUCUGGAGGAUGGGUGAGGUCCCAUAGGACUGGAGAAGGGCCAAUGUAGUACCUAACUUUAAAAAGGGAACAAAGAGGACCUGAGGAAUUCUAGACCACUCAGCCUAACAUUGAUAGGUGAAAGAUGUUGGAACAAAUUAUCAAUCAGUUUGUAAGUACCUGGAUGAUAACAGGGUUAUAAAGAAUAGCCAGCAUAGAUUUGUCAAGAACAAAUCGUGCCAAAUCAGCAAACUUCAUUCUUUGACAGGGUUAUUGUCCUAGUAAAUAGGAGGAAAGAUCUGAUAUAUCUUGAUUUUAGUAAGGCUUUUGACACAGUCCCAUAUGACAUUCUCAUAAGCAAACUAAGAAAAUGUGGUCUAAAUUAAAUUACUGUAAGUGCACAACUGGUUGAAAGACCAUACUCAAAGUAGUUAUCAAUAAGGCUGCAAAUUUGUCAUGGAGGUCAUUGAUUCCAUGACCUUGGUGACUUCUGCAGUGGCCAGCUGCACCAGCUGCUGCUGGGGCAGUUUUGGGCCAUUCCCGCCCCACUCCGAACAGCAGCAGGAGUUUGGGUGGAGGGCAGGAGGGGGUGAGGGCUCUGGUUGGCAUUUACCUCGGAGGGGCUCCCCGGAAGCAGUUACAUCCACCUCCCUUGGCUUCUAGGGGGAAGCACGGCCAGGGGGCUUUGUGCACUGCCUGCACCUGCAGGCACUGUCCCCGCAGCUCCCAUUGGCCGCGGUUCCUGGCCAGUGGGAGCUGCGGAGCCAGCGCUCAGGAAAGAGGCAGUGCACAGAGCUGCCUGGCCAUGCCUCUGCCUAGGAGCUGAGGGAGGAGGAUGUUGCCACUUCCAAGGAGGCAUGGAGCCUGCCAGCCCCACCCUGCAGCACCAGCCGGGGUCCUGGGCAACAUUCCCCCCCCGAACCCACAACAUACCCCCUCAAGCACCCGCUGUGCCACUCGCCCCCCCCCCGAACACCCACAGUGCCCCUCAGGCCGCCCCCCCACCCCCGGGGGACGCGCAGCACCCCCAGGCCGUUCCCCCCCUGGAUUUAGUCAGGGGUAUAUAGUACAAGUCAUGGACAGGUUAUGGGCUGUGAUUUUUUGUUUACUGCCCAUGACCUGUCCAUGACUUUUACUAAAAAUACCAGUGACUAAAACAGCCUUAGUUAUCAAUGGUUCAUUGUCAGAUGAUGCGACGUAUCUAGUGGAGUCCCAAGGGGGACAGUGCUGGGUCUGGUGCUAUUUAAUAUUUUCAGUAAUGACUUGACUGAUGAAGCGGAGAGAAUGCUUAUAAAAUUUUCAGAUGACACUUGGCUGGGAGGGGCAUCAAACAUUUUGGAGGACAGGAUUGAAAUUCAAAAUUACCUUGACAAAUUGAAGAAUUGGUCUGAAUUCAACAAAAUGAAAUUCAACUAAGACAAGUGCAACGUACUUCACUUAGGAAGGAAAAAUCAAAUGCACAACAACAAAGUGGGAAAUAAUUGGCUAAGUGGCACUACUGUUGAGAAGGACCUGAGAGUUAUAGUGGAUCACAAACUGAAUAAAAGUAAAUAAUGGGAUACUGUUGCAAAAACUGGAGUAGUGUGUCCAAUCCUGAGUGCCACAAUUCAGGAAAGAUAUGGACAAACUGGAAAAUCCAGAACACAGCAACAAAGAUGAUAAAAGCUUCAGAAAAGCUAAUCUAUGAGGAAAAGUUAGAAAAACUGGGCAUGGUUAGUCUUGAGAAAAGACGACCGGGGGGGAACACCUGAUAACAGUCAUCAAAUAGGUUAACGGCUAUUGUAGAGGAAGGUGAUCAAUUGUUCUCCAUGACCACUGAAGGCAGGACAAGUAGUAAUGGUAUUAAUCUGCAGGAAGGGAGAUUUAGGUUAGAUAUUAGUAAAACUAUAAUGGUAGUCAAGCUCUGGAACAGGCUUCCAAGGGAGGUUGUGGAAUCCCCAUCACUGGAGGUUUUUAACAACAGGUUGGACAAACACCUGUCAGAGAUGGUCUAGGUUUAUUUGGGCCUGCCUCAGCGCAGGGCAUUGGACAUGACCACCUCCCAAAGGCCCUUCCAGCUCUGCAUUGCUAUGAUAGCUAGCAUACAGCCUUACUCUGAAACCCAGUAAGAAGUUUAUCACAUUACAACUGAAGAAGUGUAUUCACAGGAAAAGUCCAGUGGUUAACUGUAUACAAUAUUGAUUAGAUACAUUAAAAGAAUUUUCAAAGUAGUUUUUAGAUGACAUUUGUUUCAGUGCCACAGGACUCUUUGCUGCUUUUACAAAUCCAGACUAACACAGCUACCCCUCUGAUACUUGAAAGAUAUCUUACAUUAUAUUAAGUAUAAAUAUAUAGCUUAUGCAGACCUAUGAGUUUCAAUACAGGAUCCAGAGAUGCAGUCAGAUUUCAGUUUCUGUCCAAUCAAUUCACAUAUGUGGCAAAUACAGGAAAGGGGAGAAAUAGGUGGUUUCACAAUAGCUUACCAAGGUUUCCUGGCAGACACUGAAAACCUAUGCAUUUUGAUUACUCAAUAGUAAUAUCAUCAAAACAUGUUUUUGGCAAUACAAACUUCAAAAAUCUAUAGGAAACAGUUAAUGCCUAUAGUCUGAAAGCAUCAGUUUGUAUUUAAUCUACAGAGCAAAUAAAACCUCAAACAAGUCUCAGUUGUUAUGCAGUUUUCAGUUCAGUUAUAGAACUAUUUAACUAUUUUUGUGGGCGUCAAGCAAGGUCACACAGAAACAUUCUUGUUAAUGUGUAAGCUACAGAAAAAUCUUCCCACAGUAUCUGAAUGUGUGUUCUUCAACACCCUGAAAACUGCAGUAAAUUGUAUAGUCAUUUUAUGUAAAACUAUGGAUUAAUGUAGAACAUUAUUAUUUAUUAUGAGUUGUGUCAGAUUGUUUAAGCUGCUAGAAGCACCAAUUAAAUUUCAAGGUUGAAGGUACAUUGUAUGGCUAUGGAAAACUGUAUUUUUUCUGUAAAUGGCCAGUACACUAGUGGGUGCAAGGAGACAUGGUUUCCUCAUUUAUACAGGUUUCAGAGUAGCAGCCAUGUUAGUCUGUAUUCGCAAAAAGAAAAGGAGUACUUGUGGCACCUUAGAGACGAACAAAUUUAUUUGAGCAUAAGCUUUUGUGAGCUACAGCUUACUUCAUCAGAUGCAGCAUAUUUUAUAGGAACAUUGAUGAAGCUUGUUGAAAUCUCGCUAUUCUUACAUACUAACAUUUGAGGAGGCUGGGGAAUAUACUUCUAACAAGUCAUAAAAUUCACAUUUGUCAUGCUGUGGUACCUGCUUCCCAUUAUCUGACUAGACAUUUUAUUAUGCUCCUAUUGCUAUACAGUGGAAUCUCAGAGUUACGAACGCUCGGGAAUGGUGGUUGUUUGUUACUCUAAAAUGUUCAAAACUCUGAACCAAACAUUACUGUUGUUCUAUCAAAAGUUUACAACUGAACAUUGACUUAAUACAGCUUUGAAACUUCAUUAUGAAGAAAAAUGCUCCCUUCCUUUUUUUUUUUAGUAGUUUAUGUUUAACACAGAACUGUACUGUAUUAGCUCUUUCUUCCCUCCCAUCUCUGCUGCUGCCUGAUUGUGUACUUCCAAUUCCAAAUGAGGGGUAUAGCUGACUGGUCAGUUCGUAACUCGGGUGUUCGUAACUCUGCAGUUCUACUGCACUUCCUCAAAGCAUUACUAAAGUAAUUCAUAUUUUUAAUGUGAAAUGUUUAAAUAGUUUGGACACAAUAUACUGUUAAAAGCAGCUGACAAAACUGCAUCCAUCCAAUCACAUCCUGGCAGUUUAAAUAUUUCCGCCUUAAUACUGAAACAUUGUUGCCCUGCCUACUUUGUACUUUUCAAAUCAGUGUUAGUGCCUAAGAAGUUUAAUCAAGUUAUUGUGAAACUCAGGGCCUUGCUUAUUUACUUUUACAAAAAUAACUGUUUAACUAGGAUAGGAUACAGAGGGACCGAGACAAAUUAGA